AUGGACAAGCACAACGGCAUCCAUUGGGUUGAUGCAUGGGACAGCCACGACCCAGCAAUCGACCUGUUGUGGGACGAACUUGUCGCCGAGGUCAGCGACAUCAUGGGCCAGUCAUUUCCCAUCAAACACAUGGUCAAGCCAUCGGGACCUAUGAAGGUCAUUUGCCAUAUCCUGUGGCAUUAUCCGACAUCCAACGCCAAAAAGACAGAUUACGGACAUGUGAUGGACCGGUCGAACCUAUCGCUCUUGGUGCAGGUGACCAAGAUCGGUGUCCCGCAGACACAUUGGCCAAAGGUCCGAAAGCUAUUCCUCGACUUCAACUAUCAUCUUCUACUGCAAGCUCCGGUCUCCCUUGUUGUUGGCAAGCAUGCUGGCAAAGCUUUAUCCGAGUUGCUCACCAAAGACCCACCACAUAUUGUCGAGACAGUGAGCCGCAAGGGCCUUGCUUCUAAGAACUCGCGACACGAGUUCCUCAUUAUCCGUUCCUCGGUAACUCGUCACAUCCAACACUUGGUUUUCUUCACGACUCACGGAGCUUACGCUCUCUACGGCGCCUCAAAUAUGUCAUCCGCGAUUAUUUCAGAUGUGAUCUGGAAUGGUGUUGGUGUUCUCUCGGGCCUCGAGAUCGAGAAUACAUCAUGGUUCACGUGGCGAAGAUCUCGGAGCAAGAUGGCCGGGACAGACCCUUAUGAUGCUGCCAUUGCCGUCGCGGGCUAUCCGAGUCUCCAGAAGGCAUGGGUUGCCCAAGCCGCCGCGGGUUAUCCGAACCUCCAGAAGGCAUGGGCUGCCAAUGCCGCCGCGGGCCAUUUAAAUCUUCAGAAGGCAUGGGCUGCCCAAGCCGCCGCGGGUUAUCCGAACCUCCAGAAGGCAUGGGCUGCCAAUGCCGCCGCGGGUCAUCCGAACCUGAAGAAGGCACAAGCUGCCAGUACCGCAGCGGGUUAUCCUGGCCUGAAGAAGUCGCUCGCCGUCUAA